AUGUCGCCACUGCACGGAUAUCGCACACCUUGGAACGAGUACCCCGACUGGCAGGGACAGUACGACUUCGCCGUCAAGGUAUCGCCCUACAGCGGCCCGGGCAGGACGCACGUCGAGCGAGUGGGGAAUGGACCGCUCUCCCGAGUGGUGCGAUACCAGGGCCCACCCGUCGGAGGCGUCCUUUCUCGUCUUUGGCGCGCCAUACGCCCCGGGCCCGUCUUCUUCACGAGCUUCCUCUACGACGACGGUGGCGAGCACGAAGUCCCCCGUGCGGCACUGACAAACGGCUUCCGCCAGCUCGUCGGUGACUGGCACGAUCUGCGCCGUCUUGCGCUCUCAGUGUACGUCGCAUGGGACCUGGCACCCUUCCAGGGUCCCGGGGGCCAGCGCGUACCAAGCAGAGUCGAGGUUGCCGAGCUCGAGAUGGCCUUCUAUGAGGACCUUUUGGACACGUCGAAACGGUAUGCCAAGAUCGCGGCGCGGCUGCAUUGGGAAGCAGAGUUCUGGGGUCAAUACCUCGCCCACCUGUCCGACUGUGAAGAUGCCGGUCGCCUCCCACCACCAUUUUCACGAUUCCCGGGUCAAAUCAAGAACAGCGUUUCCGAGCGGUUCCGGUAUCGUUUGCGCAUGUGGCGCGACGGAAGGACAAUAGACGACUAUAUCUUUCGCGCUGCGCAAGGACUUUACGAACGCGAAGACACGCCAGAGUUGACGGACCUGAAGGAGAGUCUGCGAGAUCUGAGGUUCAAAAUUCUCGAGGCGAAGGGAUACCCCGAGGGAGGAGCAAAGCUUGAUCUCCUCGACCCAGGCCGAUAUCGCCCGCCGCCUGCCAGAUUGUGA